AAAUUCCAUCAGUGGUAUGUUUUCUUACUCUUAUCCACUACACAACUACAGUCCCUCAAGCUUGCCAGGUACUAAACGACCAUGCACAGUACCUAUAUAACUGCAAAUCACCUGUCGUUUCAUACCUAAACCGGAAACUUUAUCUGAAAAGUAACCGUCAAAUUGAAAGCCCUUAAAAACUCGCACCACAGUCAACUAAUAGCUACUAAUUACCCAUGCCGAUGGCUUCAUUUUCUCUCUUACGCUACCGGAUUCCGACCACCGUCAACCACCACCUCCUGCGCCGCAUAACCACCGCCAUCAGCCACCUCCCUGUCAUUGUAACCAAACAACAAGAACAGCAGCAAAAUGUAUCAAGAAAAUCACAACCGCCGAGUAGAAAAAUGCUCAAAGCCAAACAAACCUUAGCCAAAGAAUACACCACGCUAUCGCCGAUCCUCUCGCCGGACACAGCACAGAAUCUCUCCGAUUCUCAAGCCAUCGGUACCGUCGCCGCCGCUCAGGCGAACUUCAUGCGCGUUAUUGUCCAAACGCUACCUCCUUCUACAACCUUCCAGAAGAAUGACGAUCAAGAAGAUGGAGACAGUAAAAGUAAAAUCGGAGUGGAGUUACUGUGUGUGGUGAGAGCGGUGUUAAAGAAGAUAAAACGCAGAGUUUUGGUUGGGGAUAGAGUGGUGGUAGGGUCCAUUGAUUGGGUUGAUCGUAGGGGUAUGAUUGAGAAUGUGUUUCAGAGGAAUACUGAGAUAAUGGAUCCUCCGGUUGCUAAUGUGGAUCAUUUGUUGGUUCUUUUUUCAAUGGAGCAACCCAAAAUUGAACCCUUUUUGCUUACUAGGUUUUUAAUUGAAGCUGAGUCAACUCGUAUUCCGUUAACUCUUGCUCUUAAUAAAGCUGAACUUGUUGAUGAUGAGACGUUGACUUCAUGGAAAUUGAAACUGCAUAGCUGGGGUUAUGAACCAGUGUUUUGCAGUGUUCAAUCCAAGCAGGGACUUGACACCCUUGCAUUUAUGUUGAGAGAUCAGACAACUGUAAUUGUGGGUCCCAGUGGAGUUGGAAAAUCCAGCCUAAUCAAUGUUCUGAGAAAUAACCCCCGAGCUUGCGAUGCAUCAGAAAAUGAAAAUUUGUUUGACCAUAUAUUAGAUAGUAAUUGGUUUGAGGAUCAGCGUGUUGGCGAAGUUUCAACAAGAAGUGGUAGAGGGAAGCAUACUACUCGUAAUGUUUCUUUGCUUCCAUUAUCUGGCAGUGGUUAUCUUGCUGAUACUCCUGGGUUUAACCAGCCUAGUUUGCUAAAAGUAACAAAGCAAUCUCUUGCAGAGACAUUCCCUGAGGUACGGAGAAUACUCAGCGCCUGUGCUCCUGCUAAGUGUGCAUUUAAUGACUGCUUACAUCUUGGUGAGCCUGGGUGCGUUGUGAAAAGCGAUUGGGAAAGAUAUCCCUUCUACUUUCAACUUCUUGAUGAGAUCAGAAUCAGGGAGGAAUUUCAGUUGAGAACAUAUGGAACCAAAAAGGAGAGUGAUGUAAGGUAUAAAGCUGGAGAUAUGGGAGUCCAGCAAGCUGAGCCUCGCUUGGAACCCAAGAAGCAUAGAAGACAAUCUCGCAAAAGCAUAAAUCAAUCUCUGUUGGAUGAGUGGGAUGAACUUGAUGAUGACGAUAACUUACUAGAUGAGGAAAAUGAUCCUGUCUUAAGGGCACUAAAGGAUGAAAAUCAGUAGAAACGCUUGAACUACUUUAUCGAAUACCUUGUAAAUAGUUGUUUAUUUCGACUGCUUUUUCCAUCAAACAGUCGAAUUUGUAUAGAUGAGAAUCGGAGGCUUAUCAGCUAUGCUUGGUAGCAGAGACUCUGGGCAUAAAUAUUGUCUUGCUUUAUUGCUGGCACAGAGACUCGUAGCAUGGUGUUUUGUUAAAUCUAAUGGGAAUGAGUAGUUUCCUUUCUUUA